AUGGAACAGCCUACUGAAGACAUCCCUCAUUGCCAUCAUCACCAUCACCACCUGCAGUACCAUACUCACCAUCAUCACCAUGGCCCUCUCCAAGAUGUUCCAAGGUCUAUAGGACAACACAACAAAUCUCAUUACGAACCGACAAGGAUGUUGGAUUACGCCUGCGGUAAUGGUGUGGCAUCUCGCGCACUCGCACCAUUCAUGUCCACUGUUAGAGGCUUGGACAUAUCACCAGCAAUGGCAGAACAGUACAACAAAAUGGCACUCAAAGCAGGAUAUACCCCAACAAAGAUGCACGCGAUACAAGGCGACAUGAUCGAACCAGAAUCGACGCCAUGCCCAGAACUCGACACGCCUGCAUUUUUCAAUUUUGAUUUAAUAGUUAUGUGCAUGGCUCUCCACCAUAUUGAGGACCCGGAUAAUAUGAUCUUGCAGCUCUCUAAAAGACUGAGGCCAGGCGGACUUUUGCUUAUCAUUGACUGGGUUUCUCACUCAGACAGUAAAGGUGGCGAAGGCGGGACCUGGAAAAUGGAUUUCUCAAAACUCAGUGUUAAUAGAAUGGGAUUCGAAGAGGACGAGGUCAAGACUGCGUACGAUAAAGCUGGACUGGAGGAUUGGUCUUGGAAAUGGACUUCGACGCCAUUACAGGUGCCUAGGGAGAUUGGAGGCAAGCAGCAAUUAUUCUUUGCUAGAGGAAGAAAGCCUAGUACUUGA